AUGUACAUACACAGAAAUACACAUACACAGACACAUGUACAUACAUACACAGACACAUGUACACACAGACACAUGUACGUACAUACAAACACACACAUGUACAUGCACACACACACAGACACGUAAACUCACACAUACAUGUACAUACACGCAGACAAAUGUACAGAUACACACAUGUACAUGCAUACACAGACACAUACGCAUGUACACACACGCACGCACACACACACACCUAUAAAAAGUUGCAGUACUUCGUUGUUCACUCACAGAUCCGGGUACUGCACUCUAGGGGGCAGAGAGAGAGCACAGCACACACUCCUUCCUUUGCUUUCACUGCGCUCAGCUAUUGAGCAGUCUGAUGGCUCCCAGUGCCAAUGACAGAUCCGGCCUGAGCUCCGAGCCUGCUCAGCAAGACGGCCCUGGGGGACACACUCGCCCCCACCAUAAUUUCCACUCGCCAUUGGCGAGCAGGCGAGUGGAAAUUUCAAGGCCUGCUCUA